AUGAAAAACAUCCCAGACCCCAGAAAGAUUGAUGAUGAAGCAUCUCCAAAGCGUCAGAAAUCAAGCGCCCGACGAAUUUCAACGACACAAAGUGAGUCACAAGAAUCAACAGGCAAACAAGCAACACUCGCCACCAAUCAUGAUGUGACCCUGCAAGAGGGAGAGAGUCGGGUUUCGGAACCAGCUUAUGGUCGAGAGAAGGAAACUCAGUCCCAAGGUCAACCUGGACAAGAAGGAAACGAGUCACAAACCUGGACUGCUGUCAGGCAGGAUAGAGAUCGGCGCAUGAGGAUUCGAAAAAUCCAGAAAGAGCAACUAGGUUUCCUCGAAUCCGAAAAUAUGAGGCUAUCAGCGUCGAAUAAUUCCCUACGGUAUCAUAACAGUCACCUGAAAGACACGAUUGAAAGGAUCAAGAAUGAGUGCGACUCCUCCAAGAAACCUGCUGCAGCUGUCGGCUCGUCUACUGCAUGUCCCGCACAAAAGAUACCAAUCAUACCGCACAAUCUGAAUCAGCAGCAGCUCGCACUUCUACUGCUUGGAAAUGAUAUAAUCACAAGAGAAGCGCAUCAGGAAGUUUCGCAUAUGGCAGAUACAUUUGUAUCCAGGCCAGGAUUGGACAGUACUAUGGGUCUAGGUUCUUCCUCGGUUCCUUCUUUUGGAAGAAGUGAAAAACAACAAAUUUACUGUUGCAGCGUAUACGCGGUGUAUUGUGCAUUGGAUCCUGCCCUCAAACAAGUUUUCCGAGGAGACAGUCACGAUCCUUCCUGCCAAAACCAUCGUAGAUAG